GGUCAGCCUGGAGUUCUAGCAGCUGCGCGAGCCGCCCCAGCCCUCACCCCCCGCCUGGAAGAUGCCUGAGCAGAGCAAUGACUACCGAGUGGUGGUGUUCGGAGCAGGUGGUGUGGGCAAGAGCUCCCUGGUGCUGCGCUUUGUGAAGGGCACCUUCCGGGACACCUACAUCCCCACCAUUGAGGACACCUACCGGCAGGUGAUCAGCUGCGACAAGAGCGUGUGCACCCUGCAGAUCACCGACACCACGGGCAGCCACCAGUUCCCUGCCAUGCAGCGGCUGUCCAUCUCCAAGGGCCACGCCUUCAUCCUGGUCUUCUCUGUCACCAGCAAGCAGUCGCUGGAGGAGCUCGGGCCCAUCUACAAGCUCAUCGUGCAGAUCAAGGGCAGCGUGGAGGACAUCCCGGUCAUGCUGGUGGGCAACAAGUGUGACGAGACACAGCGGGAGGUGGAGACCCGCGAGGCCCAGGCCGUGGCUCAGGAGUGGAAGUGUGCCUUCAUGGAGACGUCCGCCAAGAUGAACUACAACGUCAAGGAGCUGUUCCAGGAGCUGCUCACCCUGGAGACGCGCCGGAACAUGAGCCUCAACAUCGACGGCAAGCGCUCCAGCAAGCAGAAGAGGACAGACCGCAUCAAGGGCAAAUGCACCCUCAUGUGAGCUCCGCGACCAUGACCUCUCCAUGGCAGCCGAUGGCAGCCGCUGUCCCCGCCCGCGCCUCUCCCAGAUGCCCGAGUCCUCCCCCUGCUCCCCCCUGCUCCUCCUCUCCUCUUCCUCCUGCCAGUCCUGUCCCCUCUCCCUCCUCGCUCCCCUUCUCAUCUCUCCCCCCUCUCUCCUCUUGUCCAACAUCUCUGCUGAGGAAACUGGGUCCCCGGCAAGCCUGAAGAAGGUCUGGCCCCGUCUUUCACUCUGCCUCCCCCUUCCUUGCCCUCCUCCCCGCCCCCCCGCCUCUUGUCCAUAACCUCCAGAGCCUCGUGUUGGAAGUGACCCCUUGUUCUGCACAUGGGAAAUAAGGAGCCAGCAAGAGAAGAAGCUGCUGUCCCAGUCUGGCCAGAGGAUGCUGAGAUCUCUGUGUCUCUGAGGACCCCCAUCUCUGCCCCUGUUCCCUGGAUGCCCCCAGCCAGACCUGCAGCACCCCUCAUUAGAUCACUGUGACCUUGCCGGGGAGGGAGGGUGAAAUGCACAUGGACCUCAGCUUUUCUCUUCUCCUGGGUGAUGAUGAACGUACAUUCCUUCCUCUCCUUCCAUUUCUCAGACCCCUGGCCUGUGCCCCCAGCCCUGGGUCCCAGACCACCCCCAUUGCCCCUUCCCCACAGCGUGGGGGAGGGGGUCCUUGCGGGAUGGGCCUCAGGCCACCAGGCAAUAACCACAGGGUCUGCAGCAGUGCCCCGCCAGCCUGGAAUCCCACUCCUUGCCCGGGACUGGCCAGUGGCCACAGCACAACCUGGGGGGCUGUCCGGUGCAAACAUGGGGGGCUUCUGAAACACAGCCAGGCUAGAGGUCUGCUCCUUCCAUUGAGAAAGAGAUUGGCAUGGGUCUUUAACACCAACCCCGGGGCUGCAGCAUCUGAGGUGCCAGGGAGGGGGUUUGCUGGGUCAUGGUGGGCAACUGAGCCCACCGUGGCCAGGCCUGCGAGGCUUGUGCCCUGAGUCGGAGUGUACUGGCCACCUGGAGAGGCUGAGUGCUCCGUGCAGUGUGCUGACGGCUACGCUCAUUGACCUCUGGAGCUGUGGUGGACGUUUAAAGAUGACAUGUCGACACGAGGUGGGGUGACCUCGGCAGCGUGCGUUUGUGCAAACUGGUGUGCAAGGGAAGUAGCUUGUGUCUGAGUGUGUGUCUGUGUGUGUCACUGUCACUCGGAUGGCAUCCUCAUGGGAUGGUCAGCGUGUGUUCUAAAGGCAUGGGGUCAUGCAUCACCGGUUGUCACAGGAUUGGAUAGCGCCAUAUCCCACAUCAGAAUUCUAGGCCCAGGACAGACAGUGUCUACCGUGACCCUACAGGCUGGACCACGUCCUGGGUGUACACUAGUCUGUCCCCUCUGGGCGUGUGUCAUCACACUCAGUGCGGUUUGCACAAUGACAAAACUGCCCAGUGUCACAAUUCCUAGAACACACACAAUGCAAGUGACUUAUUUGUCGUGUAUGACGUAAACCUUUGCACUCACAUGUAUGUGUCUGUAGGGACCUGUGCUUAGGGGAGUGAGGGAAAUGCUCUAUCGGAGAGCAUAUGUAAACCCUCUUGUAGAACACAAAGCUGGUUUGAUUCUAGCCCGGUGGCUCUCAGCUUCAUCGCUACCCAUCAGCCAUUGCUGCCUAGCAGAUGACCACAGACUCAGCAACUUGAAAUAACACACGGCUCCGGGUGUUGGGGGCCAGGUGUCUGGAGGUGGUUGGGCUGAGUCUGGUACUCAGGGUCUCACAAGGCAGUGUCUGUGGGUGCUGGUUGGGCUGAGGUUUCAUCUGAAGGCCCAACAGGGGAAGGAGCCACUUCCAUGGACACCUGGGGGGGGGGUGGUUUCCUGUUAUAGCAAGGCUGAGGUCUUCACUGCACACUCACCUCCCUGCCAAGUGGGCCCUCCCUGGGGUGACAACCAGUGUCACCCCAAGCUGUGUGUGUGCAGCUGUGCACACCUGCACACUGGGACUAAACUCCGGGAGUGUGCAUGAGAGAAAGCUGCUGUGUGAGUCUUGUCAGUUGUAGGUAGGAGGGACUGUUUAUGUCCAUCUUGUUGGCAAUGUGUUUGUUUUUCUCUGUGUUCCUGUGACUGUUCACUCUACAAAUGUUUACUGGGAAAACUAUGAGAGAGUGGGAGUGGGGGGGGGUGUCACCACCCAAUGCAUGGACUCGCCCAUGUAAGAGCCCGUAGCAUCCUGUCUGAACACAGUGAGCCCCCUUCUCCUUGGGGGUCCAGAGCCCACCAGCAGCAGGUGUCCCCCUCCCCCACCCCGGGGGUGGUUCCUGGGCCUUGAAGGUGCCGGAGAGGGUGGGGCUGGGCAGGGGCCUGCAGCCCUUUCUCAGGGACAAACCCUGAUAGCACAAUCUCCCUGGGGCCCUGCCCGCCUCUGGGUCUCUCCCACCCUAGACCCUGCCCGCCCCAGGGAGAGAGAGGCUCUGCACAGGGGGAGGCUAGUACCUGCCCAGCUGCUGGCCAUCCUGCCUGUGCACCCUUGUUUCUGGGGACUGAGCCAGGCCACGCUUGCUGUGAUCCAGCCCCUGCUCCUUGACAGCCCCCCUCGCAUGUGGGUGCCCCCUGCCCCCUGUCCUGGGGGGUCUGUGUAGCAUUUGCUCUAUAGUCUUCCUGCAAUAAAAAGUGGGUCCUGCAUUA